CAAGUGCUCUAUCAGAACCAAAUUGCUGAGCCUGUCACCUGUGUUCCAGGAACCGAAUCAGAAAUGCUGUCCUCUGGAAAGCCAGACUUACCUACCCCACUCACCAAUUUGAAGAUUCAAUAUACUAAGAUCUUCAUAAAUAACGAAUGGCACAAUUCAGUGAGCGGCAAGAAGUUCCCUGUCCUCAAUCCUGCCACUGAGGAGGAAAUCUGCCAGAUAGAAGAAGGGGAUAAGGCAGAUGUUGACAAGGCAGUGAAGGCUGCAAGACAGGCUUUCCAGAUUGGUUCUCCAUGGCGUACUAUGGAUGCUUCAGAGAGGGGACGCCUGCUCUUUAAGCUGGCUGACUUAAUUGAAAGAGAUCGUCUGCUGCUAGCAACAAUGGAGUCAAUGAAUGCUGGAAAACUUUUUUCCCAUGCAUACCUGAUGGAUUUAGGAGGGUGCAUAAAAACAUUACGCUACUGUGCAGGCUGGGCUGACAAGGUCCAUGGCUACACCAUACCAAGCGAUGGAGAUGUUUUCACUUAUACAAGACGUGAACCUAUUGGUGUUUGUGGCCAAAUCAUUCCUUGGAAUUUCCCGCUGGUUAUGCUCAUUUGGAAGUUAGGGCCUGCUCUUAGCUGUGGAAACACGGUGAUUGUCAAACCAGCAGAGCAAACUCCCCUCACUGCUCUUCACGUGGCAUCUUUAAUAAAAGAGGCAGGGUUUCCUCCUGGCGUGGUGAACAUCGUCCCUGGUUAUGGGCCGACUGCAGGGGCAGCCAUCUCUUCUCACAUGGACAUUGACAAAGUGGCCUUCACGGGAUCAACAGAGGUUGGCAAAAUGAUCAAAGAAGCUGCAGGGAAAAGCAAUCUGAAGAGAGUCACCCUGGAGCUCGGGGGGAAGAGCCCCUGCAUCGUGUUUGCUGAUGCUGACAUGGACAAUGCUGUUGAAUUGGCACACCAAGGGCUAUUCUAUCACCAGGGUCAGUGUUGUGUGGCUGCAUCCAGGCUUUUUGUAGAAGAAUCGAUUUAUGAUGAAUUUGUGCGAAGGAGUGUUGAGCGGGCUAAGAAAUAUGUUCUUGGAAAUCCUCUGACUCCAGGAAUAACUCAAGGCCCUCAGAUUGACAAGGAACAAUAUGAAAAAAUACUUAAUCUCAUUGAGAGUGGGAAGAAAGAAGGGGCCACACUGGAAUGUGGAGGAGGACCCUGGGGGAACAAAGGCUACUUUGUCCAGCCCACGGUCUUCUCCAAUGUGACAGAUGAGAUGCGCAUUGCCAAGGAGGAGAUAUUUGGACCAGUGCAGCAAAUCAUGAAGUUCAAAUCUUUAGAUGAAGUGAUCAAGAGAGCAAACAAUACUACUUAUGGCUUAGCAGCAGGAGUCUUUACCAGAGACCUUGACAAAGCUGUGACAGUCUCCGCUGCUCUGCAGGCUGGAACAGUGUGGGUAAAUUGCUACAGCUUGGUAUCUGCCCAGUCCCCAUUUGGUGGAUUUAAGAUGUCUGGAAAUGGACGAGAACUGGGAGAAGAAGGUCUCCAGGAAUACACAGAGAUCAAAACAGUCACAAUGAAAAUCUCUCAGAAGAACUCCUAAAAACAUCCCACAAAGUAGAGAGAAGAUUCUUCUUCAAUGGCUAAGCAUCUCCUACAGUCACUAACAUAGUGGUAUUUAAAUACAAAAAUUUUCUUUUCUUAAGCUUUUAAACAUAAGCUAAUCAUUAGUAUUAAUACCACACCUAGAAAUCACAUAGCUUACUCUGAAAGAAUCAUUUACCUUUUGAUAUGUGAGCCCAAUUCCUAUGCUAAAUAAAAGCGAUGGAUUUGAAUGCAAGAUCUCUAUAGAUCUGUCAUAGAAUUAUCUGCUUUCUUUUUAAUAGGUCCUCAUCCAGAAUAAUCUUUUUACAGAAGAGGGUCAUUAGUCAUGUAACCCUUUAGGUAAACAUAAUGACUCCUUAAAGUAGUUAAUUUACAUGCUAAUUGCAGAGUAAGUAGCUCUGUCCCCAGUAGCUGUAAUGUAUCUGAAAUGUGAAAUGUUUCCAGGGAUGUCAUGUCUGCUUGUCAAAUGAAAUACUUAGCUGUAAUCUGCAUAAAAAGCUUAAUAAAAACAAUCCUGCAUGA